GUUGACCCUGGUGCUUUUUUUGUUCCCAUUUCAGAAACAUGAAAAUGAGGAAGAUGGAGCAAGUGGUAACAAAGAUGGAGAGAAGAAAGAUACAGAUGUAGCAAUAUCUUUUGUGUUUGGGCAGAAUAUCAAAGACAGAGCAAAGUUGGAAGAGAACAGUACAGAAGGCAAGUCAAAGGAUGGUUUGCCGCUAGACGCUAAAGAGGGCACUAAUUAUUUCUUACAGUACAUCUCUACCCCGAGUCCAAAAAAGGCCACAAACAGUACAGACACUGGGGCAAAAUUUGUUUUUGGGCAGAACAUGUCUGAACGAGUUCUGAGUCCCCCAAAGGGUGAGCCCCCAGUUGAGGAAACAAAAGAAGUUUUAGCUGCCCCUGCUCCAGAGCCCUCAUCACAGGAAACCCCCCCAGAGAAAGCAGGGAACAGCGUGUCGGAGUCUUUGGAGGAGUCUGCAGCCGCUUACACCAAAGCCACAGCCAAGAAGUGCGUCUUAGAGAAAGUCGACGUCAAGACCGGAGAGGAAUCAGAAAGCAACGUUUUACAGAUGCAGUGCAAGUUAUAUGUUUUUGAGAAGACUGCUCAGUCGUGGAUAGAGAGAGGUCGAGGUUUGCUGAGGCUCAACGACAUGGCAUCGACAGAAGACGGCACGCUACAGUCCCGUCUAGUGAUGAGGACCCAGGGCAGCCUCCGGUUGAUCCUCAACACUAAACUUUGGGCCCAGAUGCAGGUGGACAAGGCCAGCGAAAAGAGCGUACGAGUCACUGCCAUGGACACAGAGGACCAGGGGGUCAAGGUCUUCCUAAUAUCGGUAUGCAUGUUAAACAUUAUACUACGGUGGUGCAAUCAUUUCUAUCAAAGUAGGGGAAGAUUUGAAUCUUUUCUUGCUCUACACCAGGGGUCUCCGACACGUCGAUGGCGAGGGCAGCUUUUCAGUAGCUCGCCGCUCGCUGUUCACAGACAGUGUAGAAACAAUCCGACAACAAUAAAUGCACCUGAGUCAGUCCGUGUCGCUGCGGCUCAGACACACAUGGAUUUAUGUUCUUUUAAAUACUGGCUUUAG